AUGCCAGCCUCAAAGGACAAUCGAUGGCAAAAAGACGAGGACAUAUUCGUCGCAGCUGGCAGACUCGGAACCAACUUGGGCUGGGGUGCCCUAUCGGCAGCCUUCCAGAAAACUUUUGAGGGCAAGACACCCAACAAGAAGGAUCUUGAGUCGAGGUUCAAUAAGAACCUCAAGCCAAAGCUCGACGUUCCCAAGGACAAGCGGACUGUCGCCGACAUCAUUGACGAUUAUCGUCAUUAUGGAAGGGCGACCUAUCCAGAGGAACAAGAAGUCAUCGACAAAGCCAUUGGUUUUUUAGAGAGCUUUGACAAGGCCGACAGGGUCUUUUAG